AUGCUUAGAGCAGCUAUAACAAGAAGAUGUACACGUUCAUUUCAUAAAUCAUCGGUCAAUCAUGCAGCUUCAAUUUUUAAAAUGCCUGCAAUGUCACCAACAAUGACCGAAGGGGGUAUUGUUUCAUGGAGAAUAAAGGAAGGGGAUACAUUUAAUGCUGGUGAUCCAAUUUUAGAAGUUGAAACUGAUAAAGCAAAUUUAGAUGUUGAAGCUGCUGAUGAUGGGAAAUUAUGGCAAAUUUUAGUACAAGAAGGAGCUAGUGGAAUACCAGUUGGAAAAGCAAUUGCUUUUCUUGCUGAAGUUGAUGAUGAUUUGAAUAAUUUGGAAAAACCAAAAAUAGAAGAAGAGAAACCAAAAGAAGAACCAAAAGAAGAACCAAAAGAAGAACCAAAAGAAGAGAAAAAAGAAGAGAAAAAGGAGUCAAAAUCAAAUAAAGAACCAAAAUCAGAACCAAAAUCAUCAAAACCUGUCAAGUCCGAAGGUAUUUUGCAAAAAGCAAAUCCAAAUCAAAAAUUAUCUCCAGCAGUUGAAUUAUUAUUACAUGAUAAUAACAUUUCUGAAGAAGAUGCAAUUUCCAAAAUACAAGCAUCUGGUCCAAAUGGUAGAAUAUUGAAAGGUGACGUUUUAGCAUAUCUUGGAUCAAUUCAAACAGAUUCAGUUGUCAAACUUACAGAAUUUUUAAAAUCAAGAGAACAUUUAGAUUUAUCGAAUAUUGUAGUUGCUGAAAGUAAACCAAAAGAUGAAGUAAAAUCUGAACCAAAGAAGGAAAAACCAAAACCACAAAAUAUAUUACAAUUCGAAUUAUCUUCAAGUUUACAAGAAGGUGUUUCAAGAGAAGACUUUGAGUUUGCAUUUGACAAAUCAAUUCAAUCAGCUAUUCAACAUACUUAUGCACAUAAAUAUCCGGAAUUUUCCAAUUCGCCUACUGCAUCGUCAAUUUACGAUAAAUACGACGUAUUUGAGGAUAUUAUUUCGCCACCCGUCACAAAAGAUAGAUUCAAAGUUUAUGACGUUCAAUUUAAAUUUCAAAAUAAAUCUAUACAACAAUCAUACACAAAUUUUGAUGAAAUUUUAGGUAUAUCAAGACAAAUUCCAAACUCAUCAUCAAAUGAAAUUUCAUCAGAAGUUAAUAUUCAGUUUAAAGUUAAAUAUGAUACUAAAUUACCAGACUCGAGACAAUUUGUCGAAUACUUCGAGAAAUCAUUAUUAUCACAAGUACCACCAUCCAAACUCAAAAUUACCAAUUGA